CUCUCAUCUCAUCGCCUCCAUCCAUCCAAGCCAGUUCAUCUUCAGCUCAGCAGAGAACAAAAUUCCACACAUCCCCCAACCAACGAUCACACUCUCCUUCUCUCACCCCACGUUCCUUUUUCCUCUCCACCUCCCAUAAAGCUCAUCUCUUUCUCUCCCAUCCAUUCUUCUUUACUUGUGAAUCAAUCAAUAGUAUGCCGCUCUGAAGAAUCCCCUGUUUUUUGUUCUUUCUCCUCUCCCUCCCCUGUUUUGGUUUCGGUUCGAGGCAGAGGAACGGUUUGGAAUUUGGAUUCUUCUUCCUCCCCCAACAUCGCCGAUGGAUUCCUCUGUGCUUCUGGACUAUGCUCUCUUCCAGCUCACACCGACUCGAACCAGAUGUGAUCUGAUCGUGUUUUAUGGGGGGAAGCCUGAGAAAUUGGCUUCUGGGCUGUGCGAGCCUUUUGUUGCUCAUCUCAAAUUUGCGAAAGAUGAGUUUGCGAAAGGUGGGUACUCCAUCAAGCUCUGCCCUCCUUCUCGGUUUGCACCGUGGUUCACCAAAUCCACUUUCCAGAGAUUCGUGCGGUUCAUUAGUACCCCUGCAGUGCUGGAGAGGUUUGUUAAGUUAGAGAGCGAAAUUCUGCAGAUUGACGAGAGUUCAGCACAAGCCAACGAAUCACUCUGUCAAAAUGGCGAACCGGAUGAAGGAAAAGGAAAGAAAAGAAAUGAGGAAUCCCCUGCUCCUCCCCCUCAGGAGAAUUCCAAAGUUCAAUUCCAGCGGCUUCUCGAGACCCGGAAAUCGAUGCUUCGACGAGAGCAAGCCAUGGCGUAUGCCCGAGGGCUUGUGGCAGGGUUCGAGCCCGAUAGGCUAGACGAUUUGAUUUCCUUUGCGGAUGCAUUUGGAGCUUCGCGGCUAAGGCAGGCUUGUGUCAACUUCAAGGAGCUGUGCAAGAAGAAGAAUGGAGAUGGUCUCUGGAUGAAGGAAUUGGCUGCAAUGGAGGCUUACUCGCCAGCUGAACUUGCAUUCUCACCGGCUUCAGGGAUUGUGCUGACUAAUGAAGCCCUGGAUGGAUCAAUGGCCGCCGAUUCAUCUCCUGCUCGACAAUCGAGUUUGGACAGCCAAAAAGAUGAAACUACCAAUGCAAAAGCUCAAAUGGGAAUGCCAUGGCCGAAUCAGAUGAUGCCUCCUUACAUGUACAAUUUCCAGCACCUGAAUCAUCCAUAUCAAGGCUACCCAUAUCCUCCUAUGCAGCCUUUCCCUCCUCAGUAUGCUAUGAAUAUGCAAUCCCCUCCAACGAGCCGGAGAAAAUCAAGCCCAGGCAAGCAUCACAGCAGGAAAGGAAGAAGCUAUUCAACUGAAGAGAGCGAGGAGGAGGAGGAUGAAUCCAGCGGUUCUGAAUCCAUCAGAAGCGAUUCAGAAUCCGAAGUUCGGUCAGACAAGAAGCAGCAGCAGCCUUCUUCUCCCGGAGAUGAUGCUCCAGUCAAGAAGAAGCACCACAGGAGGAAGUCAUCGUCCAAAACAGUCGUCAUCAGAAAUAUCAACUACAUCACAUCCAAGAAAAGGAAUGGAGCCUCGGAAGAUUCGUUUUCGGGCGAAGAUGAAGGCAAGCUUGUGAACCAAGUAGUGGAAUCACUGGAGAAGAAGAUGAACACAUCAAAGAACGACAACUGGGAUGCUUUCCAGAAUCUCCUGAUGCGAGACGAGGAGGAGGAGCCGCAGCAGCAGGCUGUUGUAUUAGCCAUCACUGGACCAGAAUACCCUGCCACGGAUUUGGAAUCAUCAGAGAAACUACCAAAGCAGAGGAUUCCUGCAGGGGAUUCAUUUCUCAUGGCGAAAUCAGAUGAGCCACGGGGAGAGAGAGCUGGCCUAGAAGAGGAUUUCAUGGUGGGGAACCAACAACGAUCAAUCGUGAAGAAGAGAAUGGAUUCUGCAGACCAAGAUUUGGUCAUUUCGCGGGGAGUGUACGAAUCAGGAACAGGACUAAUAACUGAUGAAAAUCUAUCUUCAUCCACGGUGAAGCCUGGAAAGAGAGGAGGUGAAGACUGGUUUGUAAUCAAAGGUGCAUCAGUUAACAAUGAAGCAAUGCUCAAUGGAGAUUACCUGCAACUGGAAAGCAGCAACUCGGGUAAAAGAGAAAGUUCCGAGAGGGACAGAUUGGCUGUUGAUGAUUCCUUCAUGUUAGAAGCUCGACCACUGGAAGUUGCUUCUCAUCAGUACGACGAGUCUUCAUGGAGGACCGACAUAGCCAUGUCUGCGGAUUUAACAGCACUGUCUUCCCCACUCGAAAAUGGAGAUAAGAAAGAGAUUAGAAGCUCGAUUGACGACCUUUGCAUGGUGGUGGAAAGGGAAACUGCUUGGUGUACAGAUCAAAGCAUGGACUUAUCAUUCAUGGAAGCAACUAGUACCACCAGGAAACCGACCAGCGAUAAUCCCAUCAAGGAAGAGAACGAAACGAAUUCAACAAAAUCAGAUGCCAAGAACAAGAAGAACACAACGGCGAGAGUUCCUGGAAGAGCAAGAACGGGGACAAUCAACUCAAUCACGAAGAGAACAACUCCGCUGCAGAGUCGGCCAUUGACACAGAAGAGCAAGCUGGAGAGAGAGGAAGAGGCGAGGAAGAAGAUCGAGGAACUAGCACUUCAGCGGCAGAAGAGAAUUGCGGAAAGAACAGCAGCAGCAGCAGCUAGUUCAACUCGAAAACAGAUCCCGAAUCGAAGAUCUUAAAAGAAGACUUCCUACCAAGCAUAUAGCUAAAAUUCAUCAAGAACAUUCAGUGCUUCGUAUUCAUUUGUAUAUUCAAACUAUAUAUUCCAAGUUAUCAAGAAAGAAGGAUUGCUAAUAAAAUGAAAACCUGCGAGGUGUUUGCACAAUUUUUCUUCUUGUUUCAUUCCCUUGGUCGUCAUCGCCGCCGGAAACCUCCCUACUGAUCAGAACCACCGCUUGGGGGAAGCCGACGGGAAGUCCACCGCCGCCAGAGACACCGGCAGAGCCGCCACAACGACCAUGCUAGAGGCGGCACUACGACUAUCAGAGGGAUUCAUCGUCGGCAUCGGUACCUGUCCUACUAAUAUAAGUAAAAAACGACCACAAUAAGCAUUGAGCUGCUAUGGAGAACAGGCCGUCGCCGGCGGAACCCCGGCUUCAUCCACUGUCGGCGGCGCCACCGUCUCUGGAGAAGCCGAUGAGUAUUACAUAUAUAUUGUAUGAUCAGGGGCUCCGAAAUGGAGAUUACUCAGGAGAUUUUUGAAGGCUUACCCCUCGCCGUGGCCCGAUCCUGCCGCCGCCGCCGCCGCCGCACCGAAACUUGUUCUUCCGAAAUUGGCCUUGGGGAAUGUAACUCUUUUCAGUGUGUUCCGGCAGUGAUUCUGCGUGGAGUAUUUUGGAUCGAAUGGGGUUAAUUCGUCGAGACACGAAUUGAGGCCGAAGCUGGAAUCGAGUGGAUGAUGAUUACGAUCUGCUCCGCCGCGAACCCUAAUUCCGCCGCCGCCGUGGCUGCCUCUCCUGCCUUGCGCGAGGACUUUGAGGGUGGGGAAAAUGGAUUGGGUUGUUAUCGGGCCGAUGGUGCGAGUGAUAGGAGUUAAUUGCCGCCGGCGAGAAAACCAGCCUUCCUAGAGCAAGAGACACGGCGGCGCUGACGGUGGGAAUUACGGUUUCCUGUGAAGCAUUAGGGUCGAAGUGAGGAGGGAGACUGUUAAGGAAUGGAGUGUUGCCUUGUAUCAUACGCUGCUGGCU